AUGAAUAAUCUUUUAGAAAAUCAAAUUGAAGUAGAAAAUGAUCAAUCAUCAAGACCUACUACGCCUCAUAUGCAAGUUAUUCCAGCUAACCAGAGUGUCAAAAGCUGGGUUUGGUUAUUUGUUAAUAAACAAACUCGAUGUUGUCAAGUUAUAAUUGAGGAUAAGGGAAAAGAAGAAGCUGAAGUAAUAAACUCAGAAACACAUAAUAGAAAUUUUCCACUUGAACAAAAUAAAAUUAAAAGAAUUACAUAUCAUUUAAUAGACUGGUUAAUAGAUGACAUGCAGGCUUUUCAUGUAGUAGAAAAUCGCAAAUUUCAAAAUUUUGUUCAUGAACUUGAAUCAUUUUAUUCUAUUCCUUACCCAAUUGCAUCUGAUACAGAAACACGAUGGAAUAGUACUUUCUUUUUAUUAGAAAGACUUAUUUAUUUUCGUAAUACACUUUCUAUAUUAGGUAAUAAGCUUGCUUUAGAUCCUGAUAGAACUACACGAAAUGAUGGUGAUAAUUUAAAAAAAUUAUUGCUUAAUUCAGAUAAUUGGACAUCAUUAGAAGAAUUAAUUUUAUUACUUCGGCCUUUUGUGGAUGCAACAAAUCUUACGUCAGGUAGUUCAUACUCUACUCUUUCACUAUG